AUGGCUCUCCUUCAAUAUCCUGCCCCCGUCGACUACGCUGCCCAACAAGAGGCUUUCAAGGACUUUCUGCAGAAUUUCAAGUCGUUCGCAUCCGCGUCGGAAUCUGCUGCCACUGAGGCAAUCGAAGGCCUGCGCAUUGAUGGCGAUCAGACCGACGACGAAUAUGAUUUCAUGGACGAUGCCGAGGGGGGGCAAGCCCAAACCGGUCGCAAACGCCGCGAUCCCAAAAACAAAUAUAUGCAAAUGCUCCAGGACGUCGCAAAUAGGGAUAGUAACUGCAUAUUGAUUGAACUGGACGAUCUCGCUACUUUUGAGAAAUCUCUCCCUGAUGAUACGGACCUAAGAUUGGUGGACUCCAUUCAAGGAAAUGCGAGGCGCUACAUUGACGUUUUUUCCGAUGCUGCUGACUCCGUUAUGCCAAAAGAGACUAAAGAAAUUUCGUUCAAAGAUGAUGUUCUUGAUAUCAUCAUGUCACAGCGUGACAAGCGCAACGAAACGGUCCACAUGGCUGCAGAGGCCGAGAUGGAUGCCGGUCCACCCCAGUCAAUGUUCCCACCUGAGUUGACGAGACGAUACACUUUGAACUUCAAACCAUUGACACCGUCUGGGUCUAGCAGUGAACAAAGCUCAAAGGCUCUGGCCGUUCGUCAUGUGCGAGGAGAACACCUUGGAUCUCUGAUCACAGUGAGGGGUAUCGUAACACGAGUUUCUGAUGUCAAGCCAGCAGUCAAGAUCAAUGCCUAUACCUGUGAUCGAUGUGGAAGUGAAAUCUUCCAGCCCAUUACCACGAAAUCAUUCUUGCCCAUGACGGAAUGUCCAUCUGAAGAAUGUGUCGCCAACAGUUCAAAAGGACAGCUCUUUCUAUCCACUCGGGCUUCAAAAUUUGUUCCAUUCCAGGAAGUCAAAAUCCAGGAAAUGGCAGACCAGGUCCCAGUCGGUCACAUCCCACGAUCUCUCACUGUCAACUGCAACGGAAGUCUGACACGGCAACUCAACCCCGGAGAUGUUGUCGAUAUCGCUGGCGUUUUCCUUCCAACACCAUACACCGGUUUCCGGGCAAUCCGCGCCGGUCUACUGACAGACACUUAUCUUGAGGCCCAAUACAUCACCCAACACAAGAAAGCCUACGACAGCAUGAUUAUGGAUUCCCGAACUCUGCGGAGAAUCGACCAGUACAAAGACUCUGGACACAUGUACGAAUAUCUUGCUCGAUCGAUUGCGCCUGAGAUUUACGGACACCUUGACGUUAAGAAGGCCUUGUUGUUGCUUUUGAUCGGGGGUGUUAACAAGGAUAUGGCUGACGGAAUGCACAUUCGUGGCGACAUCAACAUUUGUCUCAUGGGUGACCCUGGUGUGGCCAAGUCUCAAUUGCUCAGAUAUAUCUGCAAGGUGGCUCCUCGAGGCAUUUACACGACUGGUCGUGGUAGCAGUGGUGUUGGUCUUACUGCUGCCGUGAUGCGGGAUCCAGUCACCGACGAGAUGGUCCUUGAGGGAGGUGCUUUAGUUCUCGCUGACAACGGCAUCUGCUGUAUUGAUGAAUUUGACAAGAUGGAGGAUGGAGACAGAACUGCUAUCCACGAAGUCAUGGAACAACAGACUAUUUCUAUUUCCAAGGCGGGCAUUACCACAACACUGAAUGCUAGAACGUCUAUUCUGGCUGCCGCCAACCCUCUCUAUGGUCGCUACAACCCCCGCAUUUCUCCAGUUGAGAACAUCAAUCUUCCAGCUGCCCUUCUCUCGCGUUUCGACGUCAUGUUCCUUAUGCUCGACACUCCGUCACGCGAUUCCGACGAAGAGCUGGCCAACCAUGUGACCUAUGUCCACAUGCACAACAAACACCCCGAAACCAGCGACAACGCUGUGGUUUUCAGCCCCAGCGAAGUUCGUCAGUACAUUGCACGUGCUCGAGCUUACCGACCUAUUGUUCCCAAGCAACUGUCGGACUACAUGGUUGGCGCGUAUGUAAGUAUGCGCAAGCAGCAAAAACGGGAUGAAGCAGGCAAACGGCAAUUCUCGCACGUCACACCUCGUACGCUUUUGGGUAUUGUCCGUCUGUCGCAGGCUUUGGCACGACUUCGCUUUAGCGACGUAGUUGUCACCGGAGACGUUGACGAGGCUCUCCGUCUGGUCGAAGUCAGCAAAGCGUCACUAUCAAACGAUUCCAGCGCAGGAACAGACCACACUCCUAGCAGUAAGAUCUACAACUUGAUCCGAGGCAUGCGAGAAAGCGGUGCUGCCGCAGCCGGUGACGGCGGAGACGGCCAACUCAACUUGCGCAAGGUCCGCGAGCGCGUGCUGGCCAAGGGCUUUACGGAAGAUCAGCUCACACAGACGGUUGAAGAAUACGCCGAAAUGAACGUUUGGCAAAUUGCCGGCAGUGGCACUCGCCUCGUUUUCAUUGAUGUUGGUGACGAUGACGAAGACAUGGACAUGUAG